AUGGUGUUAUUUCCAACUAUUAACAAGUUUGCCAAUCCAAACAAUCCUACCGGUAUACCCGGAGGGAAAAGAAGAAGAUUAUUUAUACCUCCAUCCACUAAAUAUCCAUUAUUCUUAUAUGGAGAAGGUGAUGAUCAACGAUCAUUUUUAUCAUUAAUAGAAACAAGUUCAAGUGUAGCAGAUGAUGAAGAUAUAAGUGAUGCUGCUAGUGUUAGUACAUCACGAUCUUUACCGUCGACUUUGAAUUCAGUUCAAAAUAAUGAUGAUCAAGAAUCUUUCCAUAGUUGGCUACUAGAAGAACAUCAAAGAAGAUAUCUGGCAUUAUCUGAUGAUGAAGAUGAUGAAACUCAUAAUCGUCAUCAUAAUCAUAAUCAUCAUCAAGCUCCUGAAGCUUAUGAAGAUGGACGAAAGAAAAAACAUCAUGAAGAUUUUGCAACUAUUAAGACAACUUAUACUAAAGAAUUUAAAACAAUUGGUAGAUAUUCCUUACCAUUGGUUAUAACCUUUUUAUUAGAACAUUUCUUUUCAAUUGUUUCAUUAUUGGUGGUUGGACAUUUAGGUAAAAAUGAAUUAGCUGCAGUAUCAUUAGGUACUAUGACAUCUACUAUAACAUUUGCAAUAUUUGAAGGAAUUGCAACUUCUUUAGAUACUUUAUGUCCUCAAGCAUAUGGUGCAGGAAAUUAUGAAUUAAUGAGUAUUUAUGUUCAAAGAUGUAUAAUGUUUUCCCUUGUUGUAUAUAUUCCUUGUGGAUUAUUUUGGUGGAAUUCUUCAUUAGUUUUAAAAUAUGUUAUAGAAAGUGAAAAAGUUAUAAAAUUAACUAAUGACUUUUUAAGAACUUUAUGUUUUGGAGCUCCUGCUUAUAUCUUUUUUGAAAAUAGUAAACGAUUUUUACAAGCUCAAGGUAUAUUUGAAGCUGGAACAGGAAUUUUAUUUAUUAGUGCUCCAAUAAAUAUUUUCUUAUCAUACUUCUUAGUAUGGAAUCCAACUUAUGGAAUUGGAUUUGUUGGAGCUCCAAUUGCUGCUGUUGUUAAUUUUUGGACCAUGAGUAUACUUUUUAUAUUAUAUGUUAAAUAUAUUGAUGGGAAUAAAUGUUGGUUUGGGGUAGCUAAGACUAAAGAUAUCUUUCAACAAUGGGGUCAAUUAUCUCAUUUAGCAAUUCCUGGGAUUGUUAUGUUAGAAUCUGAAUAUUUAGCCUAUGAAAUCAUGACAUUAUUUGCAUCUUAUUUUGGAACAACUGAAUUAGCUGCUCAAAGUACUGUUAGUAGUAUUGCAUCAUUAGCUUAUAUGAUACCAUUUUCUGUUGGAAUUGCUUCAUCAACUAGAAUAGCUAAUUUUAUUGGAGGACAAAAUAUUGAAGGUGGUAUUAAAGCUACAAGAGUUGCAUUAGUAUUAGCAUUAUGUGUUGCAUUAUUUAAUUGUAUUACAUUAUUUACAUUUAAACAUCAACUUGCCCGAUUAUUUUCUCAAGAUCAAGAUGUUAUAGAUUUAGUGGUGAAAUUAUUUAAUCCAUUAGUUUCAAUUAUUCAAAUUUUUGAUGGAAUUGCAUGUGUAGCCAGUGGUAUUUUAAGAGCUCAAGGAUCUCAAAAGAUUGGAGGAAUUAUUAAUUUUGUUGUUUAUUAUGCAUUUGCAUUACCAUUUGCAUUGUUAUUAAGUAAAGUUGGUGGACUUAAAUUGAUUGGUUUAUGGAUUGGUAUAGGUAGUGGAAUGAUUUUGAUUGGAUUUAGUGAAAGUAUGGUGAUUUUGUUUAGUGAUUGGGAACAAAUCAUUGUUCGAGCAGGAUUAUUAAAUGAAUUUGGUGAUGAUGAUGAAGAUGAUGAUCUUAUAGGUUAAUAGUAAUAGGAUAAUAAUAAUAGAUUCUUAGAUAAUUUGCGAAAAGUAGAAAAAAUGGGUGCAAAAACGAACACUAAAAAGAAGUAGAACAAACAAAGAAAAAGACAUGUUAUACAUAGUGCUUGUUGUAGAUGACUAUGUCAUUGGAGCAUAGUGUUUAGUGGUAAUCCACUUGUGUCACAAUAUACAGUAAUAGAUGUGACACAUUAACCGAGUACUUAUUCUUCACUGUAUAUAGUGCUAUAUUACCAUAAUCACAACAAUCAACAUAAACAUAAUGAUUAUA